UUUUUCUGUCAUUAUAUACCAGGUCUGGCCAGGUUAAUUUCCAUUAAUUUACCCCGUUUUUACAUAGUCAUACAAACAUAGCAUCUUCAUUGUUCUUCAAACACAUUUUUCCAACAGGUGCGAACAUUCAACUAUUUAUCUUUGUACUGUAGAAAUUGACAUUAUUUUUAAAUGCCUUCAUAUUCCAGGCAUCCAGUUUGGAUACAUAUAUACUUCCUCACUUACCUGCAAAAAAAAGAUAUGAUGGGCAGAUUGUGUGGAAGUAUGAAAAGUGUAACCACUUGGAACUAUUUCUGGACUCACUGCUCAGUAUACAUUGUCAUGUGUUCUGUGAUUUCAGAUAAAAAAAAAAAUACAUAAGGUAUCUACAAUUACUCUCAAUGAAAGAAGCCCUGAUUUUCAGGACCAAGGACAAGACCCAAGAGGUGAGUUUUUGAAACAUCUGAAAGAGGAUAUGCAUUAAAAUUUUACAUGAUAUAUUGAAAUAAUAGCUAAUGUCUUAAAUAUAUGUCACUAGAUUAAUUCUGAAUUUGUACAAUUAAGCAAGAGAAACACAGAAAUUAACCAGAACUACAUUUUUUUUUUUACAUAGUCUAUUUGGCUUAAGCAUUUUAGCCUGAUAGAUGUUUACUGUUCAUUUGCCAAAUUACAGAAGAAGCAUGUUAUGCAUUACAAGGAAGUCAGUAGAUUUUAUAAUCUUGGUUCAUAGGAUACUUGAUAUGUUAAUAUAGAUUUAUCUAUAGAUUUAUAGAUAUAUUUGAACUAAAUAAAAAAAAACUAUCUCAUUGCCUUUGAGUCCAGGGAAUUCCAACUACCCCAUAGGGUUUCCAGGGAGCUGCUGGUGGAUUCAAACUGUUGACCUUUUGGUUAAUAGCCAAGCUCUUAACCGCUGCACCGCCAAGUUUCUGUAUUUGAACUAGAGAAUUUAAAACUAUGUAUUUUAUCAAGCAUAUCAGGGUGUAAAGAACAAAUGCCUGGUAUGUCUGGAAGCUUCAUAUGUGCUUUUAUGUGUGAAAUUUUGAAAAUUAUGACAACAACAUUAUUAGUAUUUAUACAAAAGAAACCGGCAAUCAGGAAGCACCUUGUUUACUGCCACUUACAGUUAUAAAACCAUAAUCGUAAUAUACUAUAGAAGUUACUUUUGUUACAAUGGUAUUUUAAUUUCUAUUCUUAAAAAGCCAUGCCCUUAUAAAAAUAAGCCAAAUGAUUUUUUUUCUAGAAAGGUGUUAACUUAGUGGUUUAAGUUGAAAGCCUAGUAAUUCUUUUUGUGUUCAUAGUAUCAAAUAUUUGAGGACUGAAACUAUAGCAGAUACUUUAUGUACUCAUUUUUUUUUUACAUGGAAAUAAUUUAGCUGGCCAAUAAAAUAUUUAUUUCAGUGGAAUCCAACAUUGAUUAUUAAUAAGAUUAAGGGCACUAGACUUUGCAGCAAAUAUGUAGUUAAAAAUUAUUAGAUGUAAACUAUCUUUACCAUUAUUUAUAAAAGUUGUGCCUUUAUCAAUCUACAGCUUCAAAAAUGAUAGAACUCCUGAAUCACUUGGACAUAUAGAGUGCUCAUUACAGCUGCUGUCUAAAAGACAGCUCAAAAUUCUUCUGCACAUGUUCUCUCCCUCCAACCAAAUCACUAUAAAUGAAAUCAGCUUGUCUGCAUUUGAGGUUUAGUAAUUCAGCAAUUUUCUCCAAAAAUGAAUAGUCCUGAAGUUUCUGUUUGUAUCUAUAUAUGUACUAUUCUGUCUUAUUUGAGUUUGUCUUUAACCAGAAGAGCUAGGGACUCUGAGGAAUCAAUGUUUUUUUUUUUUUUCCUUUUCAAUUUUCUUUUCCUUCCCUUCCUUUCUCUCCUCUCCUCCUUUCCUCCCAUCUUCUCUCCUCUUUUAUCUUUUCCUCUCUGCUCCCUUUUCCCCUUCCUUUCCUUUCAUUUGCUUUUCUUUGUUUUCUAGGAUGGGCUCUGUGUUUAUUUGUAAUGGCUUUCCAGGAAGCCUCCCGAGUAAGUUCAGGAAGCCUCAGAGGUUGGCCUUCCAGCACUCUUUCACUAGAAGAAAUCUUUCUGAAGAAGAUUUCUUAAGAAUACUAUACUCAACAUAUUAAUAUCCUUAUUAUUUGUAUAUAUUAAUUUCUUAAAUAUAAUUUCUCGCUUCCUGAUUUGAUUCUUCUUUUCUUUCAUAUUCUAGUCUUUAGGUAUCCAUCUGAUGCAUGGGUACAAUUUUUUCUUUUUUUUCUGCUUAACUUUCAUCAAUAUACUUACCAUGACAUGUAGAUAUUACUACACAUAUACAGCAAAAUAGGUAAUUCUUACAAAGUACAGUUUUAUACCAUGUCCAAAAAUGAGUGUUUGUGAGUUAAAUAUAUAUAUUAUUCUAAGUAAUACACUUAUUACUAAAUUGGCAAAGGUCCAGAUGAUUUAUUCUGAUCCAAUGCCCAUUGUGAAACGCUCAAGAACGAAAAUAAAAGCUCUUGUUUAUUGAUUCUUUAUUAGGUUCCCAGUAGAACGCUACUGGGAUCUCCAAGGUUAUUCUGGCCUGAAAUAGGUACACACUGAAUGAGGAAUCUUAACCGUUAUUUGGUCACUGUAAUGAUCAAAUCACAACACCGGCUAGCAUUUUUAAAGUAACAGUGAUAAACUUGGAGACUGUUGUUUAAAUACAUAAAUAGAAAUAUUCAGCAGAAUAAAAUAAGUAGGAGUUUCACUGAUAGUAUCACAGAUAGUCGGAUUGGGAAGGAGUCUGAGAUCUUCUAGUUUAAUCCUUUUAUUUUCCAAUGAGUAAAUUGAGACAGACUUGUGACUAAAUUUAAAAAAUGACUAAACCUCAUACCUUCUUAUACUGAGUUUGGACUCUCCCUUUGAGCAUGUUCCUUUUGGGAAUCUGGGCAUUGAAGUUCUAAUUUUGACCACUCCUAGUGCCUAAGAAGCAUUAUGUAUAAAACCCUGUUCCGUUGCCCUCUACCACUCUUUGCAGUGUCUAUUUUCUUCCCCACGGCUACCCAGCUCACCCCCAAUUGAUUUGAAAAUACUGGCUGCUAAUGUACUAGUUGGUGUUUGUUAUGUGUCAGUUAACUUCAGUUCAAAAAUAUUUUCUGAAAAUACAGAUCAUACUGUAAGGGUACUCACCACAAAUGCUACCAACUAAAAGUACUGGCUCUAUGUUAAUAGGGUAGAGAUUUGUGUUAAGAGUUGUGGGAUAAGCACAGAGGAAAUGGAAAGCAUUGUGAAAGUUAAGAAGAGAAAGACAAUCUAUGUCCAAGUAAUUGCUACAGGGAAUAAUGUGCUAAAUAAUUUUGUAGUUGCCUGAUACACUUCGAAGUCCAGCUUUCCAGAUUUAAAGAUUCAUAAAGACUGGACAACCUUUGAGAUAGGAAAGACCGAACUUCUAAUAGUAGAAUGUUGUAAUACUUAGUGAGAUAUUCCUGAAAAGGGGUUAUUUUUGGUGCUGUAUAGAUCAUAUUGUAAAUGUACUCACGACAAAUAUUACCAACUCUAAGUACGGACCAUAUGUGAAUUCAUUUAGAGUUUAUCUUCACCACCAGAGGAUAAGUUUCUUGAUAGCAGAAAUCCUUUCCCUCUUUGUCAUUGCUGACCUCUGUACCAAGCACUGUCAUGUUUUAAAAAAGGAUAUUAAAUGAAUGAAAGUUUGUUAGGCCUUGGACUGAUCUUCUCUGUAGAAGAUCCACUAUGAUUUAGAGAUAGAACCUAUUAUUCAUAGGCCCAAUCCGGUCAUUUGAGAAGAAGUAGAUUUGUUAAGGGAAGACAUGUUGGGAUCUUUGGAAGAGAAACUCAGUAGAUAUUUCUAAAUGUUUAUUAUGGAUAAGCCACCGUAGAAUAGUGAAGAAGUGCUCCAUGACACAAUGGACCCUUUCAUAGUGGUGUUCAUGAUUUUAUUACAGGUCUUAUUCUCCUGAGCUCUCAUCUCUGAAACAGGUCUUGUAGAAGAGUAAAUGGGACACAGUAACAAUGUAACAGAAUUUGUCCUCCUGGGACUCACUCAGGAUCCUGAGGGCCAAAAAGCAUUAUUUGUCGUGGUUUUGCUCAUCUACAUUGUGACAGUGGUGGGUAACCUGCUCAUUUUCAUGACUGUUAUUGUUAGCCCCUCCCUGGACUCCCCCAUGUACUUCUUCUUUGCCUAUCUGUCACUCAUGGAUGCUGUUUAUUCCACUGCCAAUUCCCCUAAAAUAAUUGUAGACUUACUCUAUGAUAAAAAGACAAUUUCCUUCUCAGCUUGCAUGGGCCAGCUCUUUAUAGGACACUUAUUUGGUGGUGCUGAGGUCUUUCUUCUGGUGGUAAUGGCCUAUGACUGCUAUGUGGCCAUCUGUAAGCCACUGCACUACUUGACCAUCAUGAAUCGACAGGUUUGCAUUCUGUUGCUGGUGGUGGCCUGGGUUGGAGUUUUUUUACACUCUGUGGUUCAACUUCUCUUUGUGUACAGCCUCCCAUUCUGUGGCCCCAAUGUCAUGGAUCACUUCAUCUGUGACAUGUACCCAUUAUUGGAACUUGCUUGUACUGACACCUAUUUUAUAGGUCUCACUGUUGUUGCCAAUGGUGGAGCCAUCUGUAUGGUAAUUUUUAUCCUUCUGCUAAUCUCCUAUGGGGUCAUUCUAAGCUCCCUGAAGACUCUCAAUCAGGAAAGGAGGCACAAAGCCCUGUCUACCUGCAGCUCCCACAUCACAGUGGUUGUCCUCUUUUUUGUGCCUUGUAUUUUCUUGUAUGUUAGACCUGUUUCCAACUUUGCCAUUGAUAAAUCUAUGACUGUGGUUUUUACAGUUAUCACUCCCAUGUUGAAUCCUCUGGUUUACACCUUGAGAAAUUCUGAGAUGAAAAAUGCUAUGGAAAAAAUCUGGGGUAGAAAGUUAACCAAAAGUAGAAUAAGAAUGUGUCCACACUGAAAAUAUAUUUGCUAAAUUUUUAAAGUAACAAAUAGGCAGUUAAUUAUCACAAUGAAUGAUUAAGUCAAUUCAAUGGAUCCUCUAGGAAUCCUACUCUUUAUUGAUGCAAAGGCAUAAAAAAAAGUUGAAUAAAUUAUUUUUCCAGGUUAGAAUUAACCUAACAAAUAGAGACAUUCUGGAGGCCAGAUAAAAGGCACAGGGUUUUUUCCUGUUAUAAAUAAAAAUAAAACCAAGCUUAUAUUGUAAUUUUAUUUUUCUCAGUAUACGCCGAAACAGGACUUAGAAGAAAUUCUUCUGUUUUUCCCUCUUUAAAAAAAAAAACAUAAAUCAAGUUACUUUCUGAAAAUUUUCUAUCAUCCAAAUUCAUGAGAAAACAAUUUGACUAAUCCUUAGAGCAAAUUUUUGAGGCCAAGGGUGUGAUUUUAAAAUUUUACUGUUCAUUAUUCUAUUAGCACAACAGCUUCUUUCUUUCUUUUUUUUUUUUUAGCUCCACUAUGCAUUUUGUGUUUAAGAUUACUUCUGUUUCUCUGGGCAAUGUCUAUGCAUUUGCAAUUCUAUAUAUUUAAGAGGGACGUGAUAUUAUGUUUGGUUUGAGACACCAUUAGCUAGCAAUUUUGAUAGAUGGGAUGUGGUUGAUGAAGAAAACUCAUUCUAGUUCUUGAUUAGAGGAAAGAUACUAUUUCAUCCUGGAUUUGAAAAUCACAUUAAUCUAAGUUAUAAACAUAUUUUAUAUUUUCCUCACUAGUUAUCAUGUGCAUUUUUUUACAAUUCUGAAAUGAGUAGGUAGAGCUUCCGAUUUUGUCUCGAACUUGAAAAUAUAUAAAGUAACAUGUUAUUUGGCAUAAGCAGCAUGUUCCCUAAAAAUUGUAGUGUAAACUUUAAAUGUAAACUCUUUUUACAUGUAGGCUUAGUCAUGAUUUGUUUUGGCAAAAAGAAAAUUUUGCUUCUUAUGCAAAAAAAUAAGUUCUUCUCAGUCUACAGCCCAAGCAGGAACAUCCCAAAGCCAGAAAGCAGAAAGAAUGUUCUCAGUGUAAUUAUGGAACAUUAUCUAUGCUAAACAAGUGUUUACUUUUCUAACUAAAGGACAGAUUUUAGAACUUUUCUUAUUUUUAAGUUUUAGUGUGCAAUUUUUCAGGUAUAUCCAACAACAUAUGCAAUUAUUUAUAAGUUUGUAGCCGCCUACCUAGAAUAUUACUGAUAUCAUUGAAACUCCCUGAUUACACUUCUCUGAUGCCAUUCCUCCCCCUCUCCUCAGAAGUAAUCCCAAUCGUAAUUUUUUAAUCACAGUUAAAAAUAGUUUAACUAUAUAUGCAUGUAUCCUUAAAGUGUAUUGUUUAGACUUUCUUAUUCCUUACUUUUUACAAAAUUACUUUAUGUUGCCCAUAGUUUUCUGAAUCUUAACUUUUGUCACUCAAUGUUAACUUUCUAAGAUUUGAUUAUGUUUUUCCUGCUGCAUAUGAUUUCAUUGUUUGAAUAUGCCACAGGUUAUGUACGAUUCUCUAGUCAGUGUUCAUACGGAUCAUUUCGAG